UUGCCUCUUCAUCACCUCUCAACUGAGAGAACACAAACUUUUAUAGGUCUGUAGAUAAUUUUGGUAUUCAAAGUUUUAUAUAUAUUUGGUCUCAUUGGUACAGCCGGCAUUGGUGGAGCCUUUUCCGGCCGGUGAAAAUGGUUGGUCACGGCGGCGGCCCCCGGAGGGGUCGUCUUUUGCCACAAAUGUUAGUGGCAUUGGUUGUAUUGGCUGCUGCGAGUGUGGUCUCCGGCAAUGAUCCUUAUGUUUACUCUUCACCUCCUCCGCCUUACGAGUAUAAGUCUCCUCCCCCUCCGUCACCUUCACCGCCCCCGCCUUAUGAGUAUAAGUCUCCCCCGCCACCAUCUCCUUCACCUCCGCCACCUUACGAGUACAAAUCUCCCCCGCCACCUUCUCCCUCUCCGCCACCGCCGUAUUACUACAAGUCUCCACCACCACCGUCACCUUCACCACCUCCGCCUUAUGAGUAUAAGUCUCCUCCCCCACCUUCCCCAUCUCCACCUCCACCUUACUACUAUAAAUCUCCUCCUCCACCGUCUCCAUCACCUCCACCGCCUUAUUAUUACAAAUCUCCCCCUCCCCCUUCACCCUCUCCCCCACCACCUUAUUACUACAAGUCUCCUCCACCACCCUCUCCUUCUCCUCCUCCACCAUACUACUACCACUCUCCACCACCACCAAAGAAGUCUCCUCCUCCACCAUACUACUACAAUUCUCCACCACCACCUAAGAAGUCUCCUCCUCCUCCAUACUACUACCAUUCUCCACCACCACCAGUGAAAUCUCCUCCUCCUCCGUACUACUACAAUUCUCCACCUCCUCCCAAGAAAUCUCCACCACCACCAUACUACUACCAUUCUCCACCACCACCAGUUAAAUCUCCUCCUCCACCAUACUACUACCACUCUCCACCACCACCAGUCAAAUCUCCUCCUCCCCCAUACUACUACAACUCUCCACCACCACCAGUUAAAUCUCCUCCCCCUCCAUACUACUACAAUUCUCCACCACCACCAAAGAAGUCUCCUCCUCCACCAUACUACUACAAUUCUCCACCACCGCCAAAGAAGUCUCCUCCUCCACCAUACUACUACCAUUCUCCACCACCACCAGUUAAAUCUCCUCCACCACCGUACUACUACCACUCCCCACCACCACCGGUGAAAUCUCCUCCUCCUCCAUACUACUACAACUCUCCACCACCACCAAAGAAGUCACCUCCUCCACCAUACUACUACCACUCUCCCCCACCACCAGUUAAAUCUCCCCCUCCACCAUACUACUACAACUCUCCACCACCGCCGGUUAAAUCUCCUCCUCCACCAUAUUACUACACCUCCCCACCACCACCUACCCAUUACUAUCCUCCCCAUCACCACCUCAUUGUCAAGGUUGUCGGAAAAGUUUACUGCUUCAGGUGCUAUGAUUGGGAAAAGCCAGAGAAAUCCCACGACAAGAAACAUCUCAAAGGUGCUGUUGUUGAGGUAACUUGCCAGGCUGGUGAGAAGAAAAUUAAGGCAUAUGGAACAACCAAAAUUAAUGGCAAAUUUAGUGUGACUGUUGAAGGUUUUGAGUAUGGAAAAUAUGGAGCAAAUGCAUGCAAGGCCAAGCUUCAUGCACCACCAAAGCACUCUAAAUGCAGCAUCCCCACAAAUCUUCAUUGGGGUAUUAAGGGUGCUAAGCUCAAAGUGAAGUCAAAGACCGAAAAUGAAGUUGUUCUUUAUGCGAAACCGUUUGCUUAUGCCCCAAAGACUCCUUAUGAAGAGUGUGAGAAGCCAAAGCCUAAGCCAACCCCUACGCCUUACUACUACAAGUCUCCUCCCCCACCAUCUCCCACUUAUGUUUACAAAUCCCCGCCACCACCUGCUUAUUAUUACAAGUCUCCACCCCCGCCAACACCAACUCAUCCUCACCCACCUUACGUUUACAAGUCACCGCCACCCCCAUCACCAAAACCUCCACCGGUUUACUACUACAAGUCACCGCCACCCCCAUCACCUAAACCUGCACCGGUUUACUACUACAAGUCACCGCCACCCCCAUCACCUAAACCUGCACCGGUUUACUACUACAAGUCACCGCCACCCCCAUCACCUAAACCUGCACCGGUUUACUACUACAAAUCACCCCCACCCCCAUCACCAAAACCUGCACCAGUUUACUACUACAAGUCACCCCCACCUCCAUCACCUAAACCUGCACCGGUUUACUACUAUAAGUCUCCACCACCACCUUCACCCACACCUGCACCACACUAUUAUUACAAGUCUCCUCCACCACCAUCACCAAAACCCCAUCCUCCCUACUAUUAUAAAUCUCCACCACCACCCUCACCAUCUCCCCCACCACCUUACUAUUACAAAUCUCCACCACCACCAUCCCCAUCACCUCCACCACCUUACUACUACAAGUCCCCUCCUCCACCAUCACCAUCACCGCCUCCUCCAUACUACUACAAGUCCCCACCUCCACCAUCACCAUCACCUCCUCCACCCUACUACUACAAGUCUCCACCUCCACCAUCUCCAUCACCACCACCACCUUACUACUACAAGUCUCCACCUCCACCAUCCCCAUCACCUCCCCCACCUUACUACUACAAGUCACCACCUCCACCAUCACCAUCCCCUCCUCCACCCUACUACUACAAAUCUCCACCACCACCAUCCCCAUCACCUCCUCCACCAUACUACUACAAGUCUCCACCUCCACCAUCCCCAUCACCUCCUCCUCCCUACUACUACAAGUCCCCACCACCACCAUCCCCAUCACCUCCUCCACCCUACUAUUACAAGUCCCCACCACCACCAUCUCCAUCACCUCCCCCACCUUACUACUACAAGUCCCCACCUCCACCGUCACCUUCUCCUCCUCCACCCUACUACUACAAGUCUCCACCUCCACCAUCCCCAUCACCUCCACCACCUUACUACUACAAGUCACCACCUCCACCAUCACCUUCACCUCCACCACCCUAUUACUACAAGUCUCCACCUCCACCAUCCCCAUCACCUCCACCACCAUACUACUACAAAUCACCACCUCCACCUUCGCCGUCUCCUCCACCACCUUACUACUACAAGUCCCCUCCUCCACCUUCGCCGUCUCCUCCACCACCUUAUUACUACAAAUCUCCACCACCACCAUCUCCAUCUCCUCCUCCUCCCUACUAUUACCACUCCCCUCCUCCACCAUCACCAUCACCUCCCCCACCAUACCACUACACUUCACCUCCCCCACCGGUGAAGUCUCCUCCUCCACCAUACCACUACACUUCACCUCCACCACCGGUGAAGUCUCCUCCUCCACCUGUGUACAUUUAUGCUUCUCCACCACCACCAACACACUACUAAACAACCAAACCUCAACCACUCUCCAUGAUCAGUCAUAUUUCGGUUUAGUGGCAGCAAUAAGUGGAGGCUUCAAGAGGCGAAGAAUCAAAGAACAAUCAGAUGAGGCAUUUAAUUUAUUCAAUAAUAAGGUCUUGAAUAUUGAACUUCAAAGCUCAUUGCCCUACACAUUGGACCAGUUGGCUUCUUCUUCUCUAGUGGCUUUCUUGCACGUUUUGUUUCUUGUGUCAUCACGUGGGAGUGGUUUGUUGAAUUUCUUAUUUAAUAGCAAUUCCAAAUAAUUAGCAUAAUUUAUUCCUCUCCUGUAUAGGGAUGUGCUUGUUUGAUUCAAUUUGAAUUUGUUAUAAUAUAUGGUCAGAUAUUUCUUUUGUACUCUUUCGUGCUUUGUGCCAUCAAAACUAUACACUACAAUAAUUAUACAUAA